CUGCCAGCGCCGGCCAUGGCCCGUGACCGCGGCCCGCCCGUGCUGCGGCAGCCGCCCGCUGCCCGCCUCCCGCCCGCCGGGCCGCCCGCCGAGCCCCGCGCCUGGGCCGGGCUGGGGGCCGGGCUGUGGCCGGCGCUGCUGGUGGGGCUGCUGGCCGCGCUGCUCGCCUGGCUCUGGUACGGCCGCGCCGACGGGCGAGGCGCGGAGGGCGGCGAGGGACGGAGCCCGCGGGCCGGGGCCGAGCAGCCGGCUGCAGAGGCUCUUCUGGGAAGCAAGGAGCAAGUGCUGCUGGAGGCCAAGGCUGCUGCGCUGUCCAGCCCUCAGAAGUCAGGAGAGGAUCUGGCAGCUCUACGGAGGAAAGAAUUCAACCACGUUCAAAGUGGUGGAGUUUCUGCCGAAACUCUGGAGACGGAGCAGCUUCUCCCAAAGCAGGGCACAACCGACCCCAGGGAGCGUCCAGCUGAUGCUCAUGGCAGCCAGGCCAGUGAAUUGAGACCCCAGACAGAACAGGCAAGCCAUGGAUGGUGCGUGAUGAACUUGGCAGGAGCUUCUGACGAUGUGUGUAAAGACACAAGUGAGAAGCAGCUGGGUCAGCCAGCUAAGAGUCAGGACUGGGACCAUGAAGAAGACUGGGAAGUUCUUUCUGAGCACCUGGCCUGGGGGGAGGCUGGCAAGACUGGCAGCGUGGAAGACUCCGACAGCAAGGAAUGGGAACAAGGAGACUGCCCUGAUGGGGACUUGAAAGCAAAGAGAGUUGCAGCUGUGCCCCCCAUGUUUCAAAAUCUCCACGUGACUUUCCGAGUGCACUACAUCACCCACUCUGAGGCCCAGCUGAUCGGUGUCACUGGUGACCACGAGUGUCUCGGCCAGUGGCACAGCUAUGUUCCCCUCAAGUACGACAAGGAUGGCUUCUGGUCUGAAUCCAUUAUUCUACCCGUAGACACCAAAGUAGAGUGGAAAUUUAUCUUGGUGGAGAAUGGGAAGGUUAGUCGUUGGGAAGAAUGCGGUAAUAGGACCCUAGUGACUGGAUACGAAGAUCAAAUUGUUCAUCAGUGGUGGGGAUAUCAUUAAUGGGAGUUGGAAAGCUGCCUGUCCAAUGGCAAACCUGGUUAGAUUAUUUACAGAGCCCCUCAACGUUACCCCUCUUCAGUAGAGACAACCUCAGCUGCAGAGCUCUCUAAGUCCUGCGUGGAGCCUGGUUACACUGUGUGAGCAGCAGAUCCCAGCCAUCCCCCUUUAGGAAGACUAUUUGGCAACCUGAAAAAUUCAGCUUGAAACACACUUGGAACAUGUGCAAGGUAGGCUAUGGAGGCACGAGCGGCAUUCCAAGCGGCUGCCUGUCUGGGGAACCUGGACCCUGGGCAUGAGCUGGUGUGGCUUUGACUGGGGCUAUGGGCUGCAUCUUUGUAUCAACUGCUAUGGGCUUCUGAAGAUACUAGGAAGUGUGGUUACCUACACUGUAAUAGAAACUUAAGUGUUUUAACUUAUGCAAUGUAUCCAGUGAGCAAUAAACAUUUUCAGACUGACAGUCCUUUACAACUUGA